AUGAACGACAGUAUGUCUAGUAUGGCCGAAUGUCUUGUCAGAUGGGGAGCAACAAUCUUAGUUGCUGUAGCCCUGAUCGUGAGAUGUAAAAUCUACCUCAAACGCACUGACAGCUCGCAACGUCAUGUGAUUGUGGACAUAGGAACCUGUAAGAAGAUCUUCGAUUGCAAAAAGUAUCUGGACGACAUACUUACCAACCAAUUGACGCCUUCGGCGUCUCGUGCGAUCCCCAACCAGCGGCUUGUGAAGGCCUUCAACAUUUACAACGGAUUUACCUCACAGGACCCGGCACUCGGCAAACGUUUCAAAGCCGAUGCCUCUGAGAAGAUCAAUAUAAGUGAUGAUGCAUGGAGCAAAAUUGCGCACAUCUCCCAAACAUUGGUGCACCAACAAAUCUCGGGGGCUGAUACGCAUGGUGAUGCAAUUUUCCUGAACAGGUUGGCUCAGUCGAUCACGCUGAAAAUAUCUCUCUCGGUCCUCUAUGGGCUGGAGCCAUCCACCCUCAACUCCACAGCCAUUGCUCAUAUAGCUGAGGGCAUCGACGCUCGCUGGCGAGCCUCCAAAAUCCCUGGUUCUCAUUGCCCGAUCUCUCUGGUAUCUCUGAAUCAAAGCCUACAGACUAUUUUUCCCGCUUUAGAAAUCAAGGAAGGUCGAGAGAAUCCCCUCAACUUCAUUCUUCCGGCAUACGAAACAAUGUGGCGUGCCGUCCUUCUCGGCACUAUCUCCAUAGCAUUUCCAGAUGAGCGCAUGUCACAUCCAUCCAACUACUCAACCGUACUCGUACAAUAUCUCCAGAGCCCAAACAAACACACAUUCGAGCAAAUCCAUCCUUCCGAAGGAGGUAUUUCUGUUGCUCACAUCGCACAAGAGAUUCUCCGCCUUUUUCCACCUACCAAGCGGGUGUACCGCCGAUAUCAUUUCCCCAACGAAGAACCGCAGCUACUGGCAGCCGAUAUCGAAGCGUGCCAUCAUGACAAAACCAUUUGGGGCGAUGAUGCGCAAACUUUCAAGCCGGAGCGCUGGCGCAGCAUCGAUGAGAAGACGAAGGAGUCUUACAUGCCGUUCGGGGCGGGCAAGUAUGCUUGUCCUGCUCGAGUGGAGUUUGCACCCAUGAUGGUGGGAUUGCUCGUUGCUGCCUUUGUUGGUCAAUUGACCGAAGCGCAGAGGGAGAUUAGCAAGGAAUGUACGGAAAAUCGUGGGCGUGGGAAGACUGAGGAAGACAAAGGGGUCAAAUUGGUCAAUCGGCGAGGCAUGGCGAACUUCAUCGUGAGGCGGAAACAAUAG